CAGUGGUCUCCAAGACCAGCUGCUGGGAAUUGUGGUGGCGGAGGAGCGCCCUGACCUGGAGGACUCCAAGAACCAGCUGAUUGUCAGCAAUGCCAAGAUGAAAUCUGAGCUGAAGGAGAUCGAGGACAAGAUCCUGUACCUGCUCAGUGCCUCCCAGGGAAGUCCAGUGGACGACAUCGAGCUCAUCGAGACACUGGACGCAUCCAAGAUAACAGCACAGGAAAUCCAGGUAAAGCCAGUGGAUAACAGAACACAAUAUCCAGGUAAAGCAGUGGAAAGCAGCAAAUGAGAUUCAGUUUAGUCCAGUCGAUAGCAGCACUGGAUAUCCAGGUUAAGCAGUGGUUUCUUACUGUUUGUGAAAUGCGUUUUAGCUGUGGCUUGGCUUCAGACUAAUAAGAAAAUAAUAAAUGUUGUUUUAUUUUUGUUGCUGUGUACAGCUUAUUUUAAUAACUCUUUUAAAAAUUCAACUAAUGGUGUCUGACUCCUUUGUUAUUUUCAUCUGUAACUGAUAAUUACAGACUUGUAUUUAAAUAUGAGAGAGUAAAGUCUGUGAAAUGUUAGAUAAACAACAAAAGACAUUGAGAAAGAAUCUGUCAUGCCCUCUAAUUCAUGUUUUGACAAUUCACUACACAAUGAAAACAUAUGAUUUCUUAAAUCCUCUUAUUGUGACACAGACAAAGGUGAAAGUGGCUGAAACAACAGAGAAAAUCAUUGAUGAGACCCGCAGCCAGUACAUCCCUGUGGCCAUCAACUCCCAGAUCCUGUUCUUCUGUAUGGCGGACAUGGGGAAGAUUGACCCCAUGUACCAGUACUCCCUGGAGUGGUUUAUUGGCAUCUUCAUGACCUCAAUAGCUGAGGCAGAGAGAGCAGGUGAGGAGGGGGGGGGCGGCCAAAUCUCUUGUUGGUGCUUUGUAACCAUGGCAAACACCCCCCCCCCGCCCCCCCCCCCCCCCCCCCUCCCCCCCCCAAUGUUAUUUCUCCUCUGAGAUCACCUAGUCAUGUAGCCAUUUAAUUUGGUCUCUUUCAAUUGUGUCAGUCAGCUGUUGCUGGGAGUUCCUCUUGUUGUUAUUGAUUGAGUAUAACUUAUUUAAAUAAGUAGGGCCUGUUAUGGAUAAAAGUUGUCGAAAAUUCAUCUUCAUAAUCAAUUUUAUGUGCAUUUGUCAGCAUAUAAUGAUGUUACAUAUUUAUAUACAGAAGCACAACAUGUCACCAUAUAUAGUAGAAGAGGGUGCCAUGGACUGGUAAGAAGCUUCCCUAGCCAUAAAGCAGUGGUUCUUAACCAUUUAAGACGUAAGGACGACUUGGCAGUUAGGUCAUAACCAGAUGACCUGACAAGCUAAACAAGUCUUAUUGAGCUUUAUCCGACUCAUGGGGGAGAGAAUCAAAGGGGGGUGUCAGCAAGAUGAUUUUUUUUUUAAUUGAACAGUUCAAGUUCAACAUAUUAUAAUUUGAUGAAUCAUCAUAUUUUAAAGAUUAUUCAUUUUAAUAUUAAUCUACUCCUGCUGGCAGAUGCAGACACUGGCGGUCAGCAGGCCAAUAGGUUGAGAGCCACUGCUCUAGAGAAUGCCUUCAGCUUAAAUGGUCAUUUCUGAUUUUGGCCCCUUCAAGUGUUGUCCCUUUAUGUAAAUACUGUUAAGACUUGAAACUUAUUGCAUUCAUCAAAUGAGCUUGUAAACAACAUGACAUCUGGUCUAGCUGGAGAAAUAUUUCUUUUGUUUGCAGAAACUCUGGCAGAAAGGGUUAAUCACAUCAAUGAGACGUUUACCUACAACCUGUUCAUCAACGUCUGCCGCAGUCUGUUUGAGAAACACAAGCUACUUUUUGGCUUGCUAAUGGCCGUCAGGCGGGAAAUGGAAAGUGGGAAAAUUGACAUGGUGAGUUGUCAACAGGGGGGGGGGGCAAGGGAGGGGGCAAUAUGGCAGCCUGUGAGGGGAUGGGGGGGGGGGGGGGGGGGGGGUGGGUGCUUUGUGAGUGGACCAAGGCUGGGCCUUUGGCGAGAAACUUUACCUGCCGAUGGGUCGUAAAAUGGGGGUUUGUGAGUAAACUAUCUGGGGGCCUGUUAGUGGAUAAUUGGAGGCCUGUGAGUAGAAAAUUGGGAGCCUAUGAGUGGACAACUGGGGGCCUGUGAGUGGACAAUUGGUGGCCUAUGAGUGGACAAUUGGUGGCUUAUGAGUGGACAAUUUCAGGCCUAUGAGUGGACAAUUGGUGGUCUGUGAGUGGACAAUUGGGGGCCUAUGAGUGGACAAUUGGUGGCCUGUGAGUGGACAAUUGGGGGCCUGUUAGUGGAUAAUUGGGGGCCAGUGAGUGGACAAUUGGGGGCCUAUGAGUGGACAAUUGGGGGCCUAUGAGUGGACAAUUGGGGGCCUAUGGGUGGACAAUUGCUGGCUUGUGAGUGGACAAUUGGGGGGCCUCUGAGUCCAUUAUCUGAAAAAUAUUUUGAAUAAAGAUAAAUUUAAUCAUUAAAAAUUGAUCAUUUAAUUCAUUCUUGUAAAUUUUGUUCAACUGUCUUAAAGCUGUUGGCAACUUGUGUCAAUAGCAAAGUGAGUAACACUUCGUAAUUUAAUAUGUGUGUCAAAUGGUUUAAAAAAAUUUUACUUGUGUGCGUUGCAUGAUUAGGACAAAAAGUUUCAAACGUCCUACGGUAUCCUAAACUAUCUUACCAUAUUCCAGGCAGACUGGAGGUGGCUGAUAGCUGGUGGUACGGUGGCCCCUGAGGAUCUGCCCAACCCGGCCCCCGAGUGGCUCUCGGCCCGGUCCUGGAAUGACAUCCUCACACUGCCCAGUCUACCGUCCUUCCAGGGGUUUGCUCAAGAUUUUAAAAACCACUUGCCCGCUUUCAAGCACAUCUUUGACAGCCAUGACCCCCAAGAGUAA